AACAACAACAACACCCUCUUUUCCAAUCCCCACCCCACUUCUUCUUCUUCUGUUUGAGGAGAAAAUGUCAGCGGCACUUGGAAAAUGCAGCAGAAUCCGCCACAUAGUCAGGCUCCGCCAAAUGCUGCGGCGGUGGCGUAGCAAGGCCCGUACGUCGGCCCACAGAAUACCGUCUGAUGUUCCAGCGGGACACGUGGCGGUGUGCGUGGGCAACAACUCGAAAAGAUUUGUGGUGCGCACGACGUACCUGAACCAUCCCGUGUUCAAGAGGCUACUGGUUGAGGCGGAGGAAGAGUACGGCUUCUCCAACCACGGUCCUCUCGCCAUUCCCUGCGACGAAGCGAUCUUCGAACAGCUCCUCCGCUUCGUUUCACACUCCGAUGACUGCCACGUGCCUCUCAGAAACAACCUCGACUUCUACCUUGAAUCUCGACCACUACUCCUCCACUGAACCCUAAACCAAACAACAUUAAAUUGUUUCAAUGCUCUGUGGAAUUCUGAGGAGAUGGCAAAGAGGUACCAAAGUGGUCCACCCAGUCGUCCCGGCUUCAAUCGGAGUUCAUGUUUUUUUAUUUGUAAAUUAUUGUGUAUUUAUUAUUAUUAUUAUUAUUGACUGAUAAUGGAAAUUGAAUUGUAGAAAAAUUUGGAAUUUCACAACGCUCAAUUAUUAUAGAUUCUCCAUGUGUGUGUUUGUGCGCACGAUGCAAUCAUGGAAAGACAAAUGAGAGUUAUCAUGCCAUUAACCCACGUGAAGGAAAAGCAGAUCCAAGUUUCAAACUUCAAACUACACAUUUAUAAAUGAAGUAUUUUAUGCUAGUCA